AUGUCUACCGGAAAAAAUAUUAGUGUGAAAGUAACGGGAGAGGACGGCAGAAGUUCGCUUUUACGAUUGAAUAUUGAGGAUAAAUUGGAAAUAAUUCGUAAAAUACUCGAAGAGGACGAAAAGAUUAGAAUGAAUGAUAAAUUAUCGUUUUUAUGGUCUACCGACUCUUCUGACAUAAAAGACGCAAAAAAAGUAACACGUGACGAAGAAUCUGAUACUAUCUUAAAAGACAUCAUUAAAAAUAAUACUCUGUGUUUAAUUCCUGAUCUUACCAAAAAAAAUAUAAGAGUGAAAGUAGUGGGAGAUGACAACAGAAGUUUGCUUUUACGAUUGAAUAUUGGGGAUAAAUUGGAAAGAAUUCGUAAAAUACUCGAGGAGGAUGAAAAUAUUAAAAUGGAUAAUAAAUUAUCAUUUUCACGGUCUAUCAACUAUUCUGACGUUGUAACACGUAACGAAGAAUCUGAUCUUAUCCUAGUAAAUAUCAUUAAAAAUAAUACUUUAUGUUUAAUUCCCGAAAAAAUAAGAGUGAAAGUAGUGGAAGAUGACGACAGAAUUUCGCUUUUACAAUUGAAUAUUGAGAGUAAAUUGGAAAUAAUUCGUAAAAAACUCGAGGAGGAUGAAAAUAUUAAAAUGGAUGAUAAUUUAUUAUUUUCACGGUCUAUCGACUCUUCUGAUAUAAAAGACGCAAAAAAAGUAACACGUAAUGAAGAAUUCGAUCUUAGCUUAAGGGAUAUCAUUAAAAAUAACAAUACUUUGUAUUUAAUUAAAAAGGACGACUAUACUGAUUUUAAAGACAGACUUAAACUUGGGUAUGGGCGUAUUUUAACUCCUAAUAAAAUUAAUAUUGAAAUUUCGAAAGAAGAAGUAUGUACAAUGGAAAUUAUAGUAUUAGAUAAUGGAGGUGACAAGAAAGUCGGUGAUUUUAGUGACUUUAGAACAAAGAAAGGCUGGGCUAACAAAAUAUCUAUGUUCUUUGAUGGGCUGCCUUUACACGACGACACAAUUUCUCAAAAACAAAAAUUUACAAAAUUCCAACCGAAACAUAAUUUUAUUAAAGAGGUGGAAAAAGCCCUAAAAUCAGAAAACUUUGAUAAGAUUUAUGAAGAUUUUGGGCAAUUCAUUCCCACCGAAACAAGCCCAAAUAUCACUUUAACCGAGGAACGUAAUACGUGGGAAUGCAUAGAAUUUCGGAAUCCGAAGAGCAUUUUUGAAAUUUUAAAUAAGAGACUACGUAAAAAACUAUAUAAAUUCUUUGGAAAAAAAAUUCUUUAUGAAUAUGGAAAAAAAGAAAUUGUUAAUUUACCAUUAGAAGGAAAGUUCCGUGAAAUAAUUAACAAUGAAAAAGCCGAUUGUAGUAUUUUCGCGGAAGUUGUUGAUGAAGAAGAAAAGAAAAAUGAUUUCAUUAACUGUCAAAUUUAUUAUCCACAAAAUGAAAAGCCACAACUUAUUAUUCAUUGUUUCCAAAAAAACAAACAAACUUUACGCCGGUUAAAAAUUGGGUUUAUAGUUGUUGGUUACGAUAUACAUUUCAACCCUAAUAAUUUUAAUGACCUUAAUAAAACGAAGUUGGAGGUUUUGAAAAAUACCCGUUUAUUUGAAUCGGAAAGCCCUUUCUUAGGAAUCCCAGUGUUAAAAGAAUUAAAUGAUGAACCUAUUGUUGUAAUGCAUUAUUUUUCAAAAAAUAAUGAAAAUAAUAUUGAAGCAAACGUAUUCUCUUAUAAUUUGAGAAAGAAACAAUAUGUUGAAUCAUCCAAUUUUAAUUUUCACGUACUCAAAAUUAAAACUUCAAGAAAAAAAAAAGAUUACGAGACCGAGAAAAAUAGUGUAAACCAAGAUUAUAUUAGCGCAUGUUUUAAAAAUGGACGUUAUUUCUAUUUUACCAUUCUUUACCGAUAAUAUUUUAAAAAAAUAUUUUUUCACUAGUGAUGACUCAAUCUUUAAUUUAUUUGUGGUAUAUAGAACUGAAGGGAUGUAGAAAUAGCGAUAUAAUUAGAGAUUUAUAAAAUAAAAGUAUUUUUUUAAGUAUAGUGGUAAAUAAAGAAAAAAAUUUUUGUAAAAUUGAAAAUUUCUUUAAUUUGAGACAUAGA